UCAUAACAAAGAUAGCGAUGGCUGCGUAUCUUCUGCUACUCGGACGAGGAAGAAAUGGAAGGAGAGUGGUGGCGCAGCGCCCUAGCGAUCCUUUGGACUCAUUGACUGACGAGGAGGUUGUAUCCAGGUAUCGCCUGAACAAACGGGGGAUCCAGAAACUGGUGCAGUUGAUUGGAGGUGGCCUAGAGAGACCAACCAAGAGGUCAAAGGCACUGACACCGUUGCAGCAGGUUCUGACUGCCUUAAGGUUUUUUGCCACUGGGACCUUUCAGUCAGCAAUCGGUGACCUGCACGGUAUCAGUCAGCCGGCGGCUUCAAGGGCAAUCUCUGCUGUGGCAGCUGCAAUCGCUGCAUCAGACGACCCUGAACUUGCUGUGUCUUUCCCACAUGACCCAGUGGAUGUGAGAAGAACACAGCAAGAGUUCUUCAGGGUCGCUGGGUUUCCCAGAGUUCUGGGAUGCCUGGAUGGAACCAUGGUCCCCAUACUGGCUCCCCAUGAUGAUGAAUACUUGUACGUGUGUAGGAAGGGGUAUCAUGCCAUUAAUGUUCAGGCAGUGUGUGAUGCCCGUCUCUUGUUUACUAAUGUUGUGUGCCAGUUUCCAGGCAGCACACAUGAUUCAUUUGUAUGGAGGCAGUCUGGCCUGGGGACUGCAUUUGAGUCAGGGGACAUGCCCUCUGGGUUUAUCCUCGGAGAUUCAGCCUAUGUGUUGAGGCCUUGGCUGAUGACACCAAAAUUACAUGUGGCAUCAACUGCGGAUGCUGCAUACAAUGCGGCACAUAUGAAGACGCGUAAUCUCAUUGAGCGUGCUUUUGGUGUUCUAAAGAGCCGCUUCAGGUGCCUUCACAAGUCAGGAGGGUGCCUGAUGUAUUCCCCAGAGGCAAGUGCCAACAUCAUUCUGGCAUGUUGCAGGCUUCACAAUUUUUGCAUCAGGGAAGGGAUGCCUGAUGUUGAGGUGGACGCGUGUGUCAACAACUGUCAAGAUGUGCCUCUGGGAGAGUACCCAGCCGAUGGGGUCCAGUGUCGUGAGCGACUCAUUAAUGAGCGCUUUGCUUAGAGGCAGUCCUCCUCUAAGCCGUUUUCCAAUUACGGUGGGAGUUGGAAACAAAUUGUCCUUUUCAGGACUACCCACCAACAAACCUUCUCAGAAAAGCUAUGCCAAAAUUAUUGAAAUUUAACAAUUUCUCACAAUGAAUCGUGUUGGUGAUGAAAGCAGAUACGUAUUUGACAUCUGUUGUAUAAAUGACUUUUUAAAUUGAGUGAAGGAGUGACAUUUCUAACUUUUACAUUACUUGAUUUUAUAAGUUUAUUUCAUUUUCUUUGAGUAGCCUCAUUUUUAUAUUGUUGUAUUAU